AAAACCCUGAGAGACCCAAAACCAAAAGUAAUGAAAACCUUGAGUGAGCGUCUCUAGUCUCUACUGAAAAGCUCCCUUCCCAUCUCUCCAAUAAAGUCCUGCAAUUCCGUCACCGGCACCGGCUCUUUUCGCAUCUCUCUCUUCCCCCCUCUCCCUCGCCGUCAAGUUGAAAAGGAUUACAUACGAAGCUUAUUGUUUUAGUUGAAACUCGAAGUUACUCUUAAGAAUGGCUGCAGCUUUGGCUUCAAGGUGUUCUCGUGUGGGCCGUUCAUUUUUGGGGGGCCUCGGCAGCAACUGGUCUGGCUUAUUGAGCGCAUCCAAUGAGAUGACAUGCAACACAUUCUUGUCACAGCAACAAAGGAAUUUCAUACAAAUGAGGACUGUCCUCAAAGUCGUGGACAACUCAGGGGCAAAGAAGGUGAUGUGCAUACAAGCUUUGAAGGCGAGGAAGAAAGGGGCUAGAUUGGGAGACACAAUUGUUGCAUCAGUAAAGGAAGCCCAUCCAAAUGGAAAAGUGAAGAAAGGAAAGGUAGUGUAUGGUGUGGUCGUUCGUGCUGCCAUGCAACGAGGCCGCUGUGAUGGAAGUGAGGUCAAGUUUGAUGACAAUGCUGUUGUUCUAGUUGACAAGCAGGGGCAGCCGAUUGGAACUAGAGUGUUUGGACCAGUCCCACAUGAGUUGAGAAAGAAAAAGCAUGUUAAGAUUCUCAGUUUGGCAGAGCACAUUGCCUGAGUUGCACAAUGGAAUCCAGAUCCACAAUAACAACAUUCUGUUUCUUAAGCUUUUCUCAGAAGUGUUAAAGGCCAGGAUGCUUAACUCUCCUGCAGCUGCUUGUGUAAUUGCACGACCAAAAAAAAAAUCAGUUUAUUUUUGCGAUUCAUUUGGAAUUAGCAGACUGGAUGAAUCUGAUAUUUUGUAGCCAUUCUUUUGAGGCAACAGGGGAGAAAUCAACAACGUCCUA